AUGUUGAAAAAAACUUGUGAUAUUAGUAAAAUAACACAAAAAAAUUCUAUUGCAAUUAUUUUAUUAUUGGCACUUGUUAUAUCACAAUUCAACAAUACCAAUGCAGCAGAGGAUGAUGAUGAUAGUAGUUGUGUGGGCAAACCGAACGGAUGGAAAUAUGAAGAUCCACUAGAUUGUCAUGGUUUUUAUGCUUGCCUUGAAGGUCGAGCAUUUCAGACUUCUUGUGAACAUUUUGAAAAAUUUGAUGAAGAUACAAGAAUGUGUGUUGUUGGAAAGUGUCCACCUUGUAAGAAAUGUAACACCGAUUGUCCAGCUCCUACAACGCCACAAACUCCGAGUACAACACCACCGACUCAACCGACUCCAGCACCUUUUGAUCCUAGUAGAAUGGAUUGUCGUGAUGAAAAACUUGGACCGCUCUACCGUAGUCUCAACAACUGCAGAGUAUACUACCAGUGCCGCAAUAGACAACGCGUUAAAUUCAAUUGUCCUGAAGGUCAGUGGUUCGAUGAUCGAGUUGAUAGGUGUGAAUUAAAAGCAAAAGUUAAAUGUCCAGCAAAUAAAGAUUGA